GCUCGCCCCCAAUCCACCCCUCCACCGGCGGCGGCUCGCCCCCAACGCCGGUGCCGACCACCGGCACAAGCACCUCCGCGACCUGCCUCCGUUCUGCUCUUCUUCGCGAGGAACUUCUCAUCCAUGGCGGGCCGCAAGAACAGCAGUAAGCAGAUGCCGCCAGCACCUCCAUUAGCGAUGGGGUCGCCUCCAUACUACUAUCCUGGAGCCGUGAGCAGCUCUUCCGUCCCCAACACCUCGCCUAUUCACUGGAGGCCAUUGUAUACACCUCCACCUGAAGCACUUUUAAGUUUUGGUCAAUUCUCGCCGAUGCACAGUACUUACAAUAUUCCACCACCGGCAAUGUCCCAUCCUGAACAAGGAUACCAAAGUUUGGAGAAUUUGCACUUUGUUGGUGCUACUUCAUCGGAUUCCUUAUCAAUGCCACCAUCGCCGCCGCAAUCUAAAGAGAAAAAAGUUCCAUCUACUGGUGUCAAAGUGGCUUCGUCUUCUUCCAAAAGGAAAAGAAAUAUCAUCAAUAUUGGUGAUGAUGUAGUGGGCGAAAGGACUGUGCAGCGUAUGUCCUAUACACCCGAGGAGUAUGAAAGAUUGGCAAGCACUUGGCUGGAGUGUUCAACUGAUCCUAUCGACGGAAAUGGAAAGAAGGGUGAAAAGUUCUGGGAUGAUAUUGCUGCUCUAUACAAUAGUACCACACCAAACAAUCGAAAGAGAGACCCCAAUCACCUGAAGCAAGAGUGGCAAAGGACUAAGAAAAGGCUCAGUCUUUUCCAUGGUGCGUGGGUUGCUGUAACUAGUGUGUAUCAUAGUGGUUACAAGCCUGAAGACCUGGAGAAAUUGGCCUUGGAGAAGUAUGAAGCCAACAACGGCCAUCCUUUCCAACAUUUGACACUCUGGGCAAAACUCAAGGCUGAAGGGAAAUGGUUAUCGUGUUACAAUAAAAUGAAAGGGAAUGAAGAGAAGAGUACAUCUGCAGGGACCAAUCUUGCAACAAAUGCAGUCGAUUUGGAGGGAGAGGAACGCCCACCUGGUCGUGAUACAUCUAAGGUUGAACGUACAAGCAAAGGCAAGUCAGGUGUCUCUCAGGAACUUGGAGAAAGAUUAGAUAAGUUCAUUGAGGUUAGCAAUCAGUCCGCGGAGGAUCGCCAGAAGGUGAUAGAGAGCCAGUUGCUUCUUUCAAAUCGACAACUUGAAACUGCAAAGAUCAAUAGCAGGGCAAAACUGAUGGAUUCUUAUACCAAUCUGCUGUUAGCUGACACGUCUAAGAUGGAUGAUUUUGAAAAGGCUCAGCGAGUUAUUGCCCUGAAGAAUAUGCAGACCACAUUAUUUGCAGAUUCAGGUGAUCAAGGGGAAAAGAAUACCAACAAUUUCUAAUGGCAAACGGCUGGAAGAUGACCAUGCUGCUACUUUUUGAUGAACGAAGAUGCCCAUUCAGCUACUUGUGAUGAAUCGGUUCUGCUGCUUGUACUUUUGGCAUUUUUAACUUAUUACUAAUCAGUUACUUUUGGUGAUGGUUCAGUUCAUGGAACUUAUCAGUUACUUGUCGUGUGAACCUGAUGCUUUAUAUGCUCAUGAUUAAUGUUGGUGUGAACCUGAUGGUUUGUGUGC